AUGAAGCUGCUGUGUCCCCUCGGAGCCACCUGUUUGCUGGGCUUCAGUUUCGUGCUCGUCGCCACCUCUUCUGAUGGACAGAUUGGGCUUGGAAAGGGUUUUGGUGAUCACAUUCAUUGGAGGACACUAGAAGAUGGGAAGAAAGAAGCAGCUGCCAGUGGAUUACCAUUGAUGGUGAUUAUACAUAAAUCCUGGUGUGGAGCUUGCAAAGCCUUAAAGCCAAAAUUUGCAGAAUCUACAGAAAUUUCAGAACUUGCCCAUAAUUUUGUUAUGGUAAAUCUUGAGGAUGAAGAGGAGCCCAAAGAUGAAGAUUUCAGCCCUGAUGGGGGUUACAUUCCACGGAUCCUUUUCCUGGAUCCCAGUGGCAAGGUGCAUCCAGAAAUCAUCAAUGAGAAUGGAAACCCCAGCUACAAGUACUUCUACGUCAAUGCUGAGCAAGUUGUUCAAGGGAUGAAGGAAGCUCAGGUACGACUGACAGGUGAUGCCUUCAGAGAGAAGCAUCUUGAAGAUGAGUUGUAA